AUGUAUAUGCGUCUUCUUGAUCAAAUCGCGCAAAGAGUACAAUCUUUGUUUAAGAUUGUAUCCGAAACAAUAGAAUCUUUGUGUAAAAGGGCUCAAGAAGUGUGCGCACAUGCCCGUCACAAUUUACGCCAUGGACAACAAGAAGCAUGUAAUGAUGAUUAUGCAAAGAAGCAUGCGGACAUCUACGCAACAACAUUUGGCACUCGCUGUCACUCUUGCAAGGAAGACAAAGGGAUCACACUUGUGAAUAUCUAUCCUCGCUCGCAAUCUGUUGACAACCGGUAUAACCAUACUCUUGGCACUUUUGGAGCGGCUGAGGGCGGAUCGAAAUUCUGCAAUGAUAAAAAGUGUUACGACAAUGUGAAGGCUGGGUACAAGUUGUUUGACGGCGAAGCUCCUCGAAAGAGGGAUUGGCUGUCGUUGCCAUGUUGGCAUAUUGCUGAGGCUGCGUCUCGAGCUAAGGAAGAGAAGCAGAAGGUACACUCUUUUUUAUUGCAAAACGCUGUUUGAAA